GUACGCGGCUUUACCCGUUUGAAUCAUACGCUAAACGAGAUCCACAGUGACAGAUCGCGGAAAUAUCCUUUCUGAACAUUUGCAGGCCAAAUAAAAAAUUAACUUAGUAAAUUCCCUGACAAUCCAGCUCAAAUAUUUGCGUGCUUCGGAGUGUAGUAAUUGCCAAAAGACCAGUUUUAUUAAAAAGUCAACGUAACCUUCUAAAAAAGCAGCUUCUUAUAUGUAAAUCCAUUCUUAAUGGUUUUUAGACGUUUGUGCAGAGAUCGAUAUAUUUUAUACGUAUUUUAGCGUGCAAGUCCUAUUUUAUCCGCUGAAAUGUCAAUAUUGUAGUAAAGAUCUCGAAGUUACUGGCGUAUCGCGCAGCGGUCGCGUCCGUAAAAAGAGCUCAAAGCUGAUGGAUUUCGAGUCUCCGGACGACAUAGAGACGCGGUUCCGUCGCCAGACACCUGUGAAGACUUACAGCUCGUUCCGCCAUGAGGAACCGUAUCAGGAACCGCCUCCGCAGCGGAUGGAGGAGGCUGGCACGGCAUCAGGGAGCGAAUCAGACUAUUAUGAGAAUACAGCCGAUAAUGCAGACAGCAUGGAAUCAGACAGUUCAGCCUCGGACGAAGGCACGACGCGCACUCCCGCCAAUUCCUUGUAUAUGAUGGAGAAAAGCACUAAGAAGAAACUGAUAGUGAAAGAUGGACGAGUGGUGGGCAGGGCUAAGGCUCAGAGGAAGGACAAGGGUAAAACCCGCAUUACAGCGUACAUGAUGUGGGCUAAAGAAGCGCGCAACGAACUGCUCAGGAAACACCCUGACAUGGACUUUUCUGCCAUCUCCAAACGCCUCGGAGAGAUGUGGUCCAAUGUAAAUUACAAUGAACGUUACUUGUGGAAGCGUAAAGCCAAGAGGUUCGCCAUGCAGAAGGAACAGAGCAACCAAGUCACCAGCAAGAUUAUAUCCAACCCGAUUGUCCGGCCCACGCACCCGGGCCCGGGCCGGCCGCCUGCCCGCGCGCCGCCCAAGCAACAGGCCGCGCCGCCCACGCCGCCCACACCGCCACAACACUCGCAGGCACUCGUCCCGGCAUCAAGUAGCUCAUCGACUCAGGCGGGCGUGUACCGCGUGACAGGGUGUGGAGCGGCUGACGUGGCGGCCCACCUGCGCCUGCUGGGAGAGAGCCUCGCCAUCAUCGGCGCCAGGCUUAAGGAGCAUGAGGGUCAGAUCGCGGUGUCUGGUUCAGUGUCGGUACUGCUGGACACACUGCUGUGCUCGCUGGCGCCGCUGCUGAGCGUGUGCCGCGCCGUGCCCGCCAUCGCACCGCCGGCGCGCCUGCUGCAGGACACGCUGCACAAUAUCGCGUACAUCAUGCCCGGACUGUAGGCGUGUCGCUCGGGAAAAAUGACCAUGGCAUCAGCAUUAUAUCAACACGGACAAAAUGUCCACGCGGACAUAUCAGUACGGACAACAUGUCCAUACGUCAGUCUUGGUUCUAAAAUAAACUAAAAAUAAAGAGUUGUUAGAUCUCGGUAAUGUGUAGACUCUUCGUAAGUCUAUUCAUAUAUGAAGUUAGAUUUUUAGGUAUUUUUCGAAUUGUCUAUUACUAUGAUGUGACUAAAAUAUAUACAAUGACCUUUCUUCUCUUUCUCUUGUAUGUUUAACAUAAGAUACAUAUUAAAUAAAAAAAUAUAGUAUUCUUUAUUUAUGUAUAAGGGACAUUUUAGAGGUGUGUUAGUAUUAGGCUCUGAUUUUAAGUAAUUGAUUUCUAGAGGGAUAUUUGCCCUGGCCAAAGCUCACAGUGCAGUAUAAAGGCUAAAAGAGGCCGCGAAUAUUUCUCGUUCUCUUCCCCUUCUGUCAUCUUAAAAAGUUUCCACCCACCAUCUCCUUACUCACUCUCCAUCGAAUUGCUGCGGUUGCCAAGUCGUCAAAUCACUGGUAUCUCAAUAGCAAGCAACUUUAUAAUCGCAUUAGUUGUCCCAUAAAUAAAAAAAAUAUAUAAGUGCGUAUAAACUUUUUUCAUUUGAUCUGAGGUAUGGCAUAAUUAUACUUUGGAUUAAUGAUUGGUUCGGUUGAACUAAUUUAAUAUAUUGAAGAUUGAAGUAGUACUAUGUUUAAGGCCUUUCUAUCCAUACUGUCUAAGACAAUGUCUUGUUUGUAAUUAAACUAAGAAUUUGUGUAAUAAAGGGCAUUAAAAUAUUA